CUCGUGUAUGAUUCGAGGUAGUUCAUUUCUUAUCCCCACCGUACAUCAUGGUAGCGACUGUACUUGACUGUACCUACACUACUGUUCGUUGUCCAGCUGACGAGUGAUCAUCGAGGAUAAUCGUCGUUGUCAUUGACGUCUUUGUCGCGGAUACCGGAGUGGGACCGCGUUCGUGCGUCCCUAUAACGGAGUGAAAAAAAGAGGACGGCCUUCACGGGGCAUAACAAAAGGCAAAGGACGAGAGAGAAACAACGGCCUCUCGCUCUCCUCGAUUCUUCUCCCUCUACCACGAUAGAUCUCUCUCUCUCUCUCGUCUCUCAACCUUCUCCGUUUCUCUCGCACUCAUUUGCGUUCCCUCGCUCACUCGCUCGCUCGCUCGAAUGCAAACGUCGUAAAUCCGGGAUCUCGUAAGAAGUAAUCCUCGUCUCGUCGUCCGCGCGUGAUAGAGGGAGAGAGAGAGAGAGAGAGAAAAAGAGAGUGUAUAGAGUGCUUCGUAAAUCUGGUACGCGUACAGACGCGCGUGUGGGUGCCGUGAUUUCUUUCGGAGCAGGUUCCUGUCGCGCGCAGACGGACAACGCGCACAAGGUACGGUAGAAGAAGGAGGUCGUCGUCGUCGUCGUCAUCGCCACCGUUAUUAUCCUCGGCAUUGUCAUCGGUCGUACGCGUGAUAUACGCAUCUAGACUUGUCGCAGAGGACAAGAGCGAGAGAGAGAGAAAGAAAGAAAGAAAGAAAGAGGGAGCGAGCGUGAUCAGUCAUCAUCGUUCGCAGAAAUUAACGGAAAGCCCAUUCGUAAGGGAUGUCCACCCCUGCGAGGAGGCGAUUGAUGAGGGAUUUCAAGAGAUUACAGGAAGAUCCUCCAACUGGUGUGUCAGGCGCUCCGACAGACAAUAAUAUUAUGAUAUGGAAUGCAGUUAUAUUUGGACCACAUGAUACUCCAUUUGAAGAUGGCACAUUUAAACUUACAAUAGAAUUUACAGAAGAAUAUCCAAACAAACCACCAACAGUGAGAUUUGUUAGUAAAAUGUUUCACCCUAAUGUAUACGCAGACGGUGGAAUAUGUCUGGACAUACUACAAAAUCGUUGGAGCCCUACUUAUGACGUCUCAGCCAUUUUAACAUCUAUACAGUCGCUUUUGGAUGAACCGAAUCCCAAUUCGCCGGCCAACUCUUUAGCGGCGCAAUUGUACCAAGAAAACAAGCGAGAAUACGAGAAGCGAGUGGCCACCGUAGUUGAACAGUCUUGGCUGAAUUUCCAAGAGAGUCACACGGAGGAUCCUCGCUGACAUUAAGUAUGCCGCUUUUCACGAUGCGUAAGAGAUCUCUGUCGCAGCUUCUUUGUCCGAUAUAAAAGUUGUCUCUAUAUUAUACAUAAUGAUGAUUCGGCCAACGUGUUCCAUUGGAGCUGUAUACGUAAUAUCCUUCAAUACCUCGUGGCGAACAUUCCGUGUUGAUUGCAGUCUGUAGAAAAACAUGAAAGGAAUUUGCACGACUCUCACUGAUGCAAAAAAUAUUAAAAAAAAAUUUUUAAAUAGUAGAAAAAAACGAAACGACGUGAAGUUGCACUAUAAACGUAUGUGAUCUUUUACUUAUAAGUAACGUACAUACAAUAUGUAUUGUCUUGCUCUUAUAACUAGCCGUUAGGUACCCCUCGCGCAAAAGAUACAAAAAUAAUAUCCGUACGAUGUUUCGCCAUACGUUAAUCUUGCAGGCAAAUCGACUUACUGUUUUACAAAUAUAGACGAGCUUGAGGAAAAUACAAUUAUGCUAAAGAAUAUGAAAGUUUGUAAGUCGCUUCUGGAAAGUCUACUUUCACCAUGUAAUGGCGCAAAAUAUAAGAAAAUAGUGUGAUUAUUCCUCGUUUUCGACUUGGUAUUUACCAUUAGAAAGCUUGUAUUAGACUGUAAAUGAAUGUCAUAUAUUGAAUAGUAUCGAAUUAAUAAAUUUU